AUGGACCAUGUCGACUUAUUAAAGGUGCAAACGAUGACGAAGCAUCAUCUUGGCAGAAUAUUUUCUAGUUUGAUAGCUGACGCCAUGUCUAUGGCUGUCGGCGAAUAUGUUUCUGUUACUUCUCAGGCGACUUGGAGAGACAAGGAAUGGAGCAACGCUGGGAUGAAGAGGUGGACGAGUUAUCUCAUGUCUACAUUACCAGAGGUUUAG